UUACUACACCUCAGUUUUAACGCUAUCUCAACAUUUUUCCCCUAGAAGACGAUUUUGUCGCAGCACACUGUUCCUCUCUCCUUGUCGAUUCCAACGGCGCCAUUACUCAGUUGAUCACCAAGCUUUUUGCUUCGAACCCAUCGCCCCUUUCCCUAUACUUAAAAUCUUGUUGCUAUUCAUUGUUGUUAUUAGCAGUUUGUUUAAUUUCCUCAUGGCUUCAUCGGUACUCUCUUUGGCUUCUGCCACUCCCUCUGCUUCGCUUUCUUUCCAUGGAAUCCACAAGGGAAAAUCUAAUCUUGGGGGCAUCAACAAGGAAAAAACCAAUACUUUCAUCAAAGCAAAGUCUUUUGGUCGAACAUCUAUGGUUGUCGCAUCCAUUGUGUCUCGUUUUGAGGGUAUAACAAUGGCUCCACCUGAUCCAAUUCUUGGGGUAUCUGAAGCUUUCAAAGCAGACAACCAUGAAUUGAAACUCAACCUUGGAGUUGGAGCCUAUCGAACAGAAGAGCUACAGCCCUAUGUGCUUGAUGUGGUUAAAAAGGCUGAUAAGCUUCUACUGGAGAAAGGGGAAAACCGUGAGUAUCUCCCUAUUGAAGGCUUGGCUGCUUUUAAUAAAGUGACUGCAGAGCUGUUAUUUGGAGCAGACAAUCCAGUUAUAAAGCAACAAAGAGUUGCAACAGUUCAAGGGCUUUCAGGAACUGGUUCACUUCGGCUGGCUGCAGCGCUCAUAGAACGAUAUUUUCGUGGGGCAAAAGUUCUAAUAUCAUCUCCUACUUGGGGUAACCACAAGAACAUUUUCAAUGAUGCUAGGGUUCCAUGGUCGGAAUACCGAUAUUAUGACCCGAAAACAGUUGGUUUGGAUUUUGAAGGGAUGAUAGCAGACAUCAAGGCUGCUCCCAAGGGAUCUUUUAUUCUUCUUCAUGGUUGUGCUCACAACCCUACUGGUAUCGAUCCAACUCCAGAGCAGUGGGAAAUAAUUGCAGAUGUCAUCCAAGAGAAGAACCAUGUUCCGUUUUUCGAUAUUGCAUACCAGGGGUUUGCAAGUGGAAGCCUUGAUGCUGAUGCAGCAUCUGUUAGGAUGUUUGUAGCUCGUGGUAUGGAGGUUAUUGCCGCUCAAUCAUACAGUAAAAAUCUUGGCCUUUAUGCAGAGAGGAUUGGAGCAAUAAAUGUCGUUUGCUCGUCACCAGAGGCUGCUGCAAGGGUAAAGAGCCAACUGAAAAGAAUAGCUCGACCGAUGUACUCGAAUCCUCCUGUUCAUGGGGCAAGGAUCGUUGCCGAUAUCGUUGGGGAUUCAACUCUCUUCAACGAAUGGAAUGCAGAGAUGGAAAUGAUGGCCGGGAGAAUUAAGAACGUGAGACAUAAAUUAUUCGAUAGUCUUUCUUCCAAAGACAAAAGUGGGAAGGAUUGGUCUUUCGUUCUCAAGCAGAUCGGCAUGUUUUCAUUCACAGGCUUAAACAAAGCUCAGUGCGAUAAUAUGACGAACAAGUGGCAUGUUUAUAUGACCAAGGAUGGAAGGAUUUCCCUUGCAGGAUUAUCAUUGGCAAAGUGUGAAUACUUAGCAGACGCCAUCAUCGAUUCAUAUCACAAUGUGAGUUAA